UUUCGUAAACUUCACUUGCCGGAAACCAUCGAUUUUAGCCGAACUUCAUCUUCGUUGUUUUUCAGACUGCGGCGUUUGUCACUAUGCGAUUACUUGCUACUACUACUACUAUUAGUUGUUUUCCUCCUCUUGCUACUACUGCGAGGAGGAAACAGAUGCAGUAGUUGCUGGCUUUACAGUUGUUGUUAGUAAAUGGCUGCUGUGUUUUGUUAUUCUUUAUCUUCGGGCCUUCCGAUGUACGAUCUGGUCUUUCCCACUCUGGACUUUGUAGAACAUGACGUAAAAUAACUACCAUCCUUAAAGAUGUCUGGAAAAGCAGAAAAAACAGAAAAAUCCAGUGGUUCUAAGAUAAAAAAGAAACCAUCAUUCCGAGAUGAUAUUAAGGCAAUGAUAAAACGAAGACCAUCUGCUCCUAGUCAAUCACCAAAGUCCAAAAGCAAGAGCCUCAACAGAACACACAGUCUCAAUGAAGGAUCCAAAACUGACAAACAUGAUAAAGAUAUUACUAUUGAUGAUGUGGACAAGCUAAAAAUUGAGGUAGACCAUGUCUAUAAAUCCUUAAAGUACAUCAAGGAAGUAGUUGACAAGGAAACUUUACAAAUUCUCCCAGCAACUGCAUCUGCUGUGUUAGAAACUGUAACUGGUGUCUUUACACUUCUCAGCAAUUUCUUUUCAAACCAAGACAGUAGUAUGAUGCUAUCCCGUCACAAUCAAGUGUGCCAAUGUUUAGCACACUUGAUUCGUUGGGCUGACAAGAUUCUGCUGUAUGGUAAUGACCAACUUAACAAAGAUAAUGCUCAUGAAGUUAUUAAGGCACUGGCAGAUGGAAUGAAAGAACUUGCUCAAGCUUCAAUUGAUAAAUUAGAAAAUCGGAAAAAUGGUAUUCCAAGAUCUCCUGGUCCAAUCAAUGCACCAUUUCAUCAGGAAAGCCCCAAAAGGUCAUCACUACCUGAUAUCCCAUUGACUCCCAGGGAGCAGGAGAUCCUGGACUUAACCAGCAGACAGCUCAACGAUGGCCCCCUAUCCCAUUCCUCUGACAGCAUUUUAGAUGAUCCUGAUGAUUCCCCACCUCCCAAACCUCCUCUCCCCCCAGGCAUGGAUACUCAAAUACCCAGAAUGAUGAGCAAAUCUUCAACUGAAGAGAGUGAGCUUGAAACUCCUCCUCCUCUUCCGGAAAAGCAGCGCAUCUCAAGUGCCACCACCUUAAACAUGAUGGGAAGCAGCAAAGGAGAUAGCAAUGGCCACUCUUCUUCAAGCCAAUCCCCACUUAGUAGCAUGCUUUUUCCUAGUCCUUCUCAAGACCAUUCUCUCGGUGGUUGUAGCAAUAGCUCAGGACUAGUAACUCCAUCCAGUCAAUCGCCACGCAGUUGUUCCCCUUUAAGUCGCUCUCCCGCCAGCAGUAUUGGUUCUGGUCUCAACCAAUCGAUGGAUGAUUUACUUAGCAGUAGUAAUCGAAGUAGUAGAACUAAUAGUUUUUCUUAUGCAUCUUCAGAUUCAAGGAGUGCUACGAUGGAAAGCAGUGUUGAAUAUGCUCUUGCUGUUGAUGAAAUUAACCAGCUGACCAAAAAGAUCAACCAGCUAACAACAAGCAUCAAGGAUGUUCCACCUCCUGUGCCUGCAAAGGGUUCAAAAUCACCCCGCUUCCCAUCACAUUACGACAAUGUACCACUGGGAGAAGGUUCUGGGGGCUUACCGGUCAGUGGCUUGGUGGGGAUAUGUGCUAAUACUACUGGCAUGAGCCAAACCAUCAGUCACAUGAGCAGUCAUAGCACUUCUUGUAGCAGUAGCAGUAGCCUGAAUACACGCAUGGUCUCUCAUUUCAACAGUGCUAUGGCUGGUGCCAGUGGCAUGCCAUCCUUCUCACACUUUCACUCUCAUAAAUCCAGCUCUUAUUUCUUCUCACAAAGUUCACAAGAAACCAUAUCCAGUUCAGAAUUCUCAUCUGGUAUCAGUCAUUCAAGUUUGGAGAGUUUACAUCAGCAUGGACCACCACCAUUACCACCAAAGAAGAAACAUAUUCAAACGUAUAUGCAAACAUUUGGCUCCUGUGUGCAGCCUAAUGCUACAGAAUUAGCGCACAUAUCUCGCCGAUCACUUAACUUCUUCGAGGCUGAAUGGAAACAUCACCAGAAAGAGUUACAUAGGUCAAUAUAUCCUCGAUCUAAUACUAUCAGUGUCAUCUCUGAUAUCUCUAGUGGAAGUUCAGAUAAUACGUCUGGCAUUGGCUCAGCUGAAAAUAUGGGAACUCCUCCUGCACUUCCAGCUAAAUUGGGACGAUCUUCUAACAGACAGAGCCAAGCAUCUACAAUAUCCAGCCAAUCAGAUGCCUCAAUUGAAGGUCCUGCAGAAGUAGUUCGAGAAAAAUCUGCUAGUAUGAUAGAACCGCCAGUUGUUCCACCUACAACUCCUGAAAUGGAACUGAAGCGGUCAUCAGCCCCUGCUGAAGUUAGUGAACAGACGAAAAAAAAUGAUAAAUCCGUAUCUCCAAAAUCGGAAAUCCUUAAAGAUGCUGACUCAGACUUUAUAGAAUUGAAACCAUUAGAUGAUGUGGAUGUUUCUGAUCAAUUGAUCAGAAAAAGACAAACAGAAGUGGGACCAGAAAUAAGAGGUGGAUCAGUCGAUGCUCUUCUUGUGCAUGCUACAGUUGCAAGCAAAAGUGGCUCACAAGAAGACUUGGUUAAUGAAGAAGAUUUUAUGUAUCAAGAAGCAUUUUUGACUACAUAUAGAACAUUUAUUACUCCUAAAGAUUUGAUUGAAAAAUUACUCUACCGUUUCCACAAAUUUCAACAUGUUUCUGAUACAAGCAAAAAACGGUUGGCACGUAAUGCCUUUUCCUUAUUGAUACGUGUCCUUGAUGAAUUGAGCGUUUGGUGCAGACUUCGAGAAAAAUGUGCAUCUACUGUGAAAAAGAAUCCUGCAGGUUUUCAAAAUAAUUCUUCUUGCAGUAGCACAUCCUCAGAAAUAGAUGAUGAAAUCAGCCAAAAAAUGAUGGAUUUAGUAUUUGAAUUGCUCUGUCAGGGAGAAUUGACUCUUGCUAAGCUUCUUCGGCGGAAAAUUGUCGAGAAACUUGAAGCAAGAAAACACAUGGAAAUCACUGCUAAGACUAAUAAUCUACCCUCACACAGUUUAACACUUCAGCUUCCUGAUUUACUUCACUUUAAGUCACAAGAUAUAGCAGAACAAAUGACUUUACUUGAUGCUGGAUUAUUUCAGAAAAUUGAGAUCCCCGAGGUGUUGUUAUGGGCAAAGGAACAAUCAGAAGAACUAAGCCCAAACUUGACCUUGUUUACAGAACAUUUUAAUAAAAUGUCCUAUUGGUGCCGAACAAAAAUACUUAUUCAGGAAGAGCCUAAAGACAGAGAAAAAUAUUUAAUGAAAUUUAUAAAAAUUAUGCGACAUCUGCGAAAAAUGAGUAAUUUUAACUCAUAUUUGGCUAUUUUGUCUGCCCUGGAUUCUGCCCCUAUUAGAAGGCUGGAAUGGCAGAAACAGAAUAUGGAAGCGUUGAAAGAAUUCUGUCAAUUAAUAGACAGCUCUGCGUCAUUCCGGGCCUAUCGCCAGGCUCUAUCAGAGACAGAACCCCCUUGUAUUCCAUACUUAGGAUUAAUUCUGCAAGAUCUGACUUUCAUUAAUAUUGGAAACCAAGACUUACUACAAGACGGUAGCAUAAAUUUUGCUAAAAGAUGGCAACAAUUCAAUAUUCUUGAGAUCAUGCGCAGGUUCAGAAAAUGUAAUUUUGAUUUCAAGAAAAGCGAGAAAAUCCUCGCUGUAUUCGAUGGUUUUGAUGACUACAAAUGUGAAGAUGAACUUUGGCAAAUAUCUGAGAAAAUCAAACCCCGAGGGGGUAAAAGAAAAGCAACAGAACCUGGUGAAUCCUGAAAAAAAUAAGGGACAGCGGGGAAAUUUUCUCCAGAGGAGCCACUACAGUAGACAUAGCUCUGACUGCUGCUAUGACAAUUGCUGCUGCCACUGCUGCUGCUACUGUUGUUGUCCCCACCCUACUGCCUGCUGCCACCACUGCUGCUACUGCUGUAAUCAGUCAAAAUUCUGCCUAAUGAGUAACAGGAACUGGAAUAUGGUUAAUGUGAAAUAUAACAGGAAUGAAAAAAGUUUAAUAACAAUGAUAAUACUGAUAAAAAACAACACAGGUGUGUUAAAAAAAAAUAUGUGUUCUAUGAGUACUACCAGGUUUAUGAUGAACUCUACAGGAAUAUGAUGAAAAAACAAAUCCCUAUACAACCUAUAAGAUUGCAGCUGACUCUAUUAGUUGCAGAUUUCUGAGGAGAAAAAAUUCUCUAGUAUAGUAGAGAAAUAUAUGUGUGU